AUGUGCACUUUUAUCCUUGUGGCAGAAGAUGGUGUCGUAUACUCCUGCAUGGGGCCUGAAAAUUUGGCCCAAAAACUAUAUAGCGAGCGCAUCCCCCCGAAAAAUAGAAGAAAAAAAAUAUCCACCAAAUCUUUAAACAUGGCUGCCCCAGCUUCCAACUACAAAGUCGCCGACAUUUCUCUUGCUGCCUUCGGCAGAAAGGACAUUGAGUUGUCCGAAAACGAAAUGCCAGGUUUGAUGUACAUCAGAAAGAAGUACGGCCCAGCUCAACCUUUGAAGGGCGCUAGAAUUGCCGGAUGUUUGCACAUGACCAUCCAAACCGCUGUUUUGAUUGAAACUUUGGUUGCUCUUGGUGCCGAAGUUACUUGGUCGUCGUGUAACAUUUUCUCUACCCAGGACCACGCUGCUGCUGCCAUUGCCGCUGCUGGUGUGCCAGUUUUCGCUUGGAAGGGUGAGACCGAAGAGGAGUACUUGUGGUGUAUCGAGCAACAAUUGUUCGCUUUCAAGGACGGCAAGAAGUUGAACUUGAUUUUGGAUGACGGUGGAGACUUGACCACUUUGGUUCACCAAAAGCACCCAGAGAUGUUGGAGGGCUGUUACGGUUUGUCUGAGGAGACCACCACUGGUGUCCACCACUUGUACAAGAUGUUGAGAGACGGUCUCUUGAAGGUCCCAGCCAUUAACGUCAACGACUCCGUCACCAAGUCCAAGUUCGACAACUUGUACGGAUGCAGAGAAUCUCUUGUCGAUGGUAUCAAGAGAGCUACCGACGUUAUGAUUGCCGGUAAAGUCGCUGUUGUUGCUGGUUUCGGUGAUGUCGGAAAGGGUUGUGCUAUGGCUUUGCACGGUAUGGGUGCCAGAGUGAUUGUCACUGAAAUUGACCCAAUUAACGCUUUGCAAGCUGCCGUUUCCGGUUACCAAGUUGCCCCUAUGGAAGAGGUUGCUUCCAUCGGUCAAAUUUUCGUCACUACCACUGGUUGCCGUGACAUCAUCACUGGUGAGCACUUUAACCAAAUGCCAGAGGACGCCAUUGUGUGUAACAUUGGUCACUUUGACAUUGAAAUCGACGUUGCUUGGUUGAAGGCUAACUGCGAGUCCGUUGUCAACAUCAAGCCUCAAGUCGACAGAUACUUGAUGAAGAACGGUCGUCACAUCAUCUUGUUGGCUGAAGGUAGAUUGGUCAACUUGGGUUGUGCCACUGGUCACUCUUCUUUUGUCAUGUCUUGUUCUUUCUCCAACCAAGUCUUGGCUCAAAUCGCUUUGUUCAACGCUGACAACGCUGAGUUCAACGCUCAAUUCCCAGAGUUUGGCAAGUCCGGUAAGUUCGACGUCGGUGUGCACUUGUUGCCAAAGAUCUUGGACGAGACUGUCGCCAAGUGUCACUUGGACCACUUGGGUGCCAAGUUGUCCGUCUUGUCUGACGUUCAAGCCGAGUACUUGGGCAUUCCAAAGGAAGGUCCAUUCAAGGCUGACAUCUACAGAUACUAG